GACCUCCCGUCCAAUCAGGUCCACUUCCGAUCACACUGACCGCCAAUCGCCUGUUUGCUUUGCAUUGGGGAAGAUGGCGGCGCCGUAGUGGUGGUGGUAGUUACGCCGUGGUCUUGUUUCCAUCCCCGGCCGUCACUCCCCUAACUGUCUGCGCUGCGUCUCCGGAGCACCGAGACCAUGAUGAGCCGCAGGAGGCAGCCUGCACAUAGCUCCCGCACGGCAUCCGAGGAGGAGGAGACCGGGGAACGGAAAGUCUCCAGGGAGGGGGCCCCGGCCUCUGGCAGGGAGACCCCAAGCCGGAGCAAGAGCAGUAGGAAGCUGCGCCGGAGCGAGCGGUGCGGGGCUUCCCGCUUACUAAGCCCGACCUCAUCAUCUGUAGCCCCCCGGGGCGAGAGAGAGGAGGACUUGUGUCCAGAUAAUAAGACCCCAAAGAGAUUAACUAAAUGUAAACCAUGGAUGUCUGCCAUUAAUUCUCCAUACAAUGAUGCAGAACAACAGCAAGAAAUAUUUUGGGAUCCCCAUUCACCAGCACCCUUUAAAUUAGAUAAUGGAAAGAAAAAACAGGCUGCAAGCAAAUGCUCAGUUGACAUUUCAGAUAUUGUUAAUAGAAUUGCUCCAAAGGAUGAGAAGCCGGUGAACUCUGACGCAGCUUACCUCGGCGUUUGGAUUGGAGAUGAUGCUAUCCCAUGUACACCAGUAGUUUCCCGGACCAGAACGAAAAAGAAUAGGUCUAGCAUUCUACCUACGGAAGACGAACUUAUGAAGUUGGCAAAACAGCUAGACAGGAACUUGAUAGAGCAUAAAGACCAACAUGUUGAUGUGUUGAUCGAUUCAGCAAAUACUAUGGGUACUGUUAAGAACAGUCAUGACGAUUCUUUGCUAGAAGACAUCCCGGAAGAAGAUGAUUUAUUACUUGACCUGAAAUCUGUUAGUCAGAGUUCAAAUGUAGAUGUCCUGCCCCAGAUCAGCAGUCAGAGGUCCGUGGAUCAGGAUGCCGAAAAAGCUUUAAAUGACCUUUUUGAUUCUUCUACGCAGAAAUGCAGCGGACGGUUAAGCCAAGGUUUAUCAGAUGUUAGCACCAGGAGCUUACAUGAAGUUCACGUAGAUGCAACAAGCUGUAUUGAGAGAGAGAUUUUGCACUUUAAUCACCAACAAUCUUGUAAAAAGGUUACAAAUUCAAAUCAGUGUAGUUUUAGCACAACGUUAAACGCAGAUGCAUCUGAAGGUGUAAACAAAUAUUCUAUGCUAAAUAUUGUUAAACCAAAAGAUGCUGUGCAGUCGUCUGAUGUGGUCCAGUCCGUAUCAAGCAGCCAAGAUGACUUUGAGGAUGACUGGGGGACUGAUCUUCUUGAUGAUGAUUCCUUUAUUAUGCAGAUUACUCAAAAUCCUGAUUUGAUAGCUACCCCUAAAAACAGCAUGUCUAUGGAUAAAUCGGGCCAAACAAAGGUGGAUAAUGUUAGAGGGAAAGUUAUUGUUAAGUCCAUAACCACUUCUACCUCUAAUAAGUUGAAUAGUUUUAAGUUUGUGCCACCAAAAUUAAACGAGUGUAAUGGAAAAAACAGUAACUUACAUAGCCCAGAGUUGCCAAAUGUCAAGAAAACGGAAAAUAAUGCAAAUUACAAGAAUAUUAAGAGGGCAGCUUCUGGUACAGGACCUCAGAUGAUGUUGAAACCGGAAAUACACUCGGGACUACAGAUGACAAUAAAUAGUAACAGUAACCUAGUACGUGAUGGAAAUCCUUCCAAUAUUUGUGAACUUUCUAAAACCUCUAAUGUGACUAAGAACUUUUCAUUUAAAUCCUCAACGUUUCGUGAAGGAAAGGACCUACCUGUUAAAGAGUGUACCCAGGCUGUGCCACAAACACAUUCCUCAUGUAUAACCAAGGACACUGUCCUGAUGGACGAAUGGGAUGAUCCUAAGUUUUCCGAUGACGUUCUGGACAUGUUUUGUGAAUCUGAUAGUCUUUGGGAAGAGAAAGAAGACGAUGAUGAUCUAUUGUACCAAGUUUGUGAUGACGUUGAAAGGUUAACGCAGGUUCUGAUAACUAAUGAAAGUAAUUGUCAAAAGGAAAAUGCUUUGUUGCCAAGCUCCAGUUGCAAAGCGAUUGCAAACACGAGAUCAAAUAUUGACAUUGCAAGUCGACAAAAUAAAAAUGAAAGCCAUGCUCAUAAAUUCAAUGGCCACGUAGAACAGUGUAAUAAGACAAAUAAUAAAGGGGCCUCCCCUGCCACGGUCAGUGGAAAUUGCUCAAACUCUUAUCAAAACAAAGGUUUUCUGAGGUCUAAAUCUGUGCCUUCUGGAGUGGAGUGUAAAAAGCCAAUGCUCAAUGAGUCUCACUCACAGAAUCUUCUGAAGCCACAGACUGUUACAUCCAAUGCAGCAAGUUCAUGUGCACCCUCAAAGUAUUCUUUUACAAGAAUGAAACCUUCCCAGGCCACAUCUGUUCACACGAAACAUCCUGCCGCUGCAAAUGAAAGCAGUUUUCACUCGCAGGACGUCGGUGAAAGUAAGAAUAAAAGAAGCAGCUUUAUGCAGUCAAGCAUACACUCCAGUCAGCAACCUUCAUUAAAAAGGCACAUUUCAGAGUCUACCCUGCACUCUUCAAAAGUAUUUGUCUCAGACGACAGAAAUAAGAGAUGUUCAAUGGAAGAGAUUGAGCGGAAAAAACAGGAAGCUUUGGCUAGGAGAAAAAUGAGAGUACGAGCAUGUUCGAAUGACAGUGCACCAACGUGAUCUGUCACCACUCUUAUGUCAUCAAACGAGACAUGUUCUUUAGAUUAUUAAUAUAGUUUCUCUGUGAGAAUCUCAGUUUAUAAUUGCCAGCAAGCACUAUUUUAUUAUUUAUUACAAAUUGUUUACAGUGUUAAACUGUGUUUUUUCCCCACAAUUUUUGGAUAACUGAAAUAUCCUGUUAUUUUCAGGAAUAAAAUAUGUUGAUUGUAUUUAUCAUGUUUUCAAAAAAUACUGUCCUUGAGUCUUAUUUUCACUACACAGCAAAGCAAAUUCCUAAUUUCAUAGCACUUCUAAAUGUGUUUAUAUGUUCUUUGUUGAAAUACAUUCCCUAUUUUUUUUCUAAUUGCUCACUGUUA